AUGACGACCACAUCGAAGAGCGACUACAAGGCCGAUGUCGAGGUCGCCGAGGUGGCGGUGAACGAGAAGGUGACCAGCGUCAACGAGGGUCCCAUCGACAUCGACGAUGGAUACUCGCCGGCGUUCGUUCGCUCAGUCACUCGCAAAGUUGACCGCCGCCUCAUUCCGGUCCUGUCCCUCCUUUACUGUAUCAGUUUCAUCGACCGUACCAAUCUCUCGCUCGCACGUGCCGCCAACGACCAAGCUAUGAACACCGAGCUCGACCUUGUCAACGGUAACAACCGUUAUGGUAUCGCCACCAUGAUUUUCUUCGUCCCGUACAUCAUUUUUGAGAUCCCAUCCCAACUUGGUCUCCGCGCGUUCGGUGCCCGCUGGUGGCUCGGCAUGGCUUGCUUCCUUUGGGGUGUUGUGAUGAUGUGCUUCGGUUUCAUCCAGACAUGGCAGGCACUGAUCGGUCUGCGUGCUGUCCUCGGUCUCUUUGAAUGUGCGCUUUUCCCGGGUGCGACCUACCUCAUUUCAUGCUGGUACCCACGCCACCAGAUGGCGACGCGUACCACUUUCUUCUACGUUCUGUCCGUGGUUGUGUGCGGUCUCAGUGCCACUCUGGCUUACGGCCUCUCCCAGCUCCACGGCCGUGGCGGGCUCAGUGGUUGGCGCUGGAUCUUCAUCAUCAACGGUAUCAUGACCAUGGUCAUCGCUUGCGUCGGUAUGCUCUUCAUCGUCGAUUUCCCCGACAAGGCCAAGUUCCUCAAGCCUGAGGAGAAGGAGCUCAUCGAGACCCGUAUUGAACGCGACCGCGGUGACGCCGAGUACGACCCCAUGACCAUGGCCAAGUUCUGGUCGUACGUGUGCGACGUCAAGCUCUGGGUCUUUGCCUACAUCUUCUGCACUUCCGGCACUUCGACCUACGCGCUCAGCUACUUCCUUCCCCGUAUCCUUAAGCAGAUGGGCUUCAAUGGGUUCAAGAACGUCAUUCUCGUCGCCCCGCCCUACGUGUGGGUCCCGAUUCCUGCCAUGGCCACCGCCAUCCUCGCCGACCGGUACCACCAGCGUGCUCUGGCCAUUUCCCUCAACUCUCUCCAGGUCAUCAUCGGCACUUGCAUGUACAGCCAGCUGGGUGCUUCUCACCUCGCUGCGCGCUACGCCGGUGUCUUCAUCGCUGUCGGUGGCUCCAACGCCAACAUGCCCCUCGCCAUCUCGUGGGCUCAGACCGCCAUUCGCCGCCAGAGCAAGCGUGGAUACACCUCAGCCAUUGUCGUUGCAUUCGGCGGUCUCUCGGGCAUCAUCGCCGGUGUCUCGUUCAUCGAGAAGGAGGCGCCACACGGAUACCCCACUGGUAUCCGCAUCACGCUCGCCAUGACCGCUGCCUCGAUCCUCUGCUGCUUCGGCCUCUGGGUCUACUUCAAGCUCGAGAACCGCAAGGCCGACCGCGACGGCAAGGUUCUCGAGGGCCACCCUGACUUCCGCUACCAGAUGUAG